AUGUUUGUUGGCCAGAACCUACACAUUCUUUAUGGAGCAACAGAGCAGAAAUCCUGGAGAGCCAAAACGGAGUCUGGGCGGAAUCCCGACUUGGCGGGCUUUGACGUGGCCGAAAGCCUGUACGAAAUCUGUGAAAGAAACAAUGUGCUCGCCCAGUACAGCGACGACGGGUACGGGAAAUGCUACGCCGACAGGAAGUACAGUCGCUACCGAGCAAGGCGAUCGGAAAGCAAUGCUUGGCUUCACUACCUGGAGAUGUGGGUGAACAAGGACACGGGCCUCGACGACUGGAUGCACCAGUCGGCCCGCGACGCCGACCGCUUUACUGACUGGGGCUUCGACCAGUGGGACCAGUGGCGCAGGGGGUACGACGCCCUCGUCCACCAUCUUACAAAAGCCAUUCCAGAUGGAAAGAUCAAGAUGUUUUCACCCGUUUGCAAAAUUUUCUGGGAUCAAGGGGAAGACGCCCGGGUCCUAGUGGUCACUCAGGACGGCGCCUCCUACUUGGCCGACCACGUCCUCGUCACGGCUUCCGUCGGCCACGUUAAGGAGCGCCAGGCUAGCCUCUUCGAACCCGCCCUACCGCAGAAGUACCGAGAAGCAUUGGCGGUAACGGAGCUUGGACUCGCGGACAAGGUGCAGCUGGGAUGGGAUUCCCCAUGGUGGGGACAUACAAACUUCAGCCUCAACAUCAUAUUCACCAACAAUAUCCUAGGCGAAAGAUCUUGGCUAAAAGGAAUCAUGGAAUUCCUGACAAUACAUAAUCAGGACAGCAUGCUGCAAGCAUUCGUCCCAGGAGAGUAUGCCAAGACGAUGGAAAAUCUCGACGAGAAUAGAGUAAAGCAGCACCUGGUGUCCUUCCUUUCUGAUGUCAUGAGCCAAAGAAUUCCAGAACCGACUUUCUUCAGAAGGACUCAGUGGCAGAAGAACGUCUGGAUGAGGGGAUCCUACAAUUCCUAUGUGACUGUAGAAGGAGGCAACACUGUCAUGCGAAAUAGCCGUCAGCCCCUUGCACAGUCUAUAGAAAAGUUUGGAAAGCCGGUGCUGCUGUGGGCAGGUGAGCACACCCACACCACACGCUACGGCACCGUCGACGGAGCAAUGGACACAGGUGAGCGAGAAGCCAAGAAGAUCAUCGCCUACAGGAAAGCCACACGUGGUUGACCUACACAAGCAACGGCCAUCCUUCGACUGUGACAUUUUUGGACAGCGGGACAAGUGAAAAUUAGCUGGUACUCAGCUCUCAUAUCAGAAUAUCUAGCCUGGUA